UUAUGACCUAAAUACCCAUCGUUCUCAGCGUUAGCCCUUAUUUCUGUGAUUCCUCACAAUCGCAAAUCCCCAAUUCCCUUUUGCCCCUCAAUUUCUUCACCCUCCUUCCUUCCCUUCCUUGCCCUUCUACUCUUUUCCGAUUUUCCCAUUUCUCUCCUUCUCUCUCUCUUCAUCCCUCUUUUCCCCGCCAUAUUCAAAAUUUUUCCUCAACCUUUUUGCUUUAAACUCCACCUUUUCGUUUGUUUUUUGAUCCAAUUAUGAGAUGGGUUCUGAUGGGUUUUGUGUUUCCUGGUGUUUUGGUUGGAAAAGGUGAAAUCUUGGAGUGUUAGGGCUGUUCGACAAACAAUCGAUCGGUGAUUUGAAGGAGUUGCGUGUUUUGACUUUGGCUAAUUUAUGGGAUUUAUUUUGUUGGUUUGAUUCGUUCUUUUAUCUACUAUUUCGUGGUGUUUGAUCGGUGCGGUGGAGUAAUAUAGUGUUGGGAGUAGGUCUUAGUGAAGUCACUUGAAGCAGAAAAGUAGGUUUGGGUAUUUGUUAGUCGUUUGAUCUUUCGUUGGUACAGUUGCAAAGUUCUCAGUGUGGUAGAACAGUCUAUUGAUUGAAAGAGCUACUUUUGCAAAGAGGAAUGGCGAACCAUGAGUUGAUCCUUGGUCAAAAUAACGACUUAGCUGUUGGUGGUGAGAACCAGGAAAUAGUAUUUGACCACACUCAUCCGAUGGGCAUAAGCCAGAACCAUAACCAUGAACUGGAACUAGCGCAGAAUCAUAACCAUGAACUGGAACUAGCGCAGAACCAUAACCAUGAACUGGAACUAGCUCAGAACCAUAACCAUGAGCAUGAGAUGGGUAUAGGGCAGAGCCAAGAUCACGAGGGGAAUCAUGAGCAUGAGUAUGAUCACGAGAAUGGUUUAUCUAUGGAGCAGAAGCCCGAGCAUGAAAACCAGGAGUUGCCUAAUGAAAACAAUGAGCUAGAUAUUUCUGAACAUGAUGAGUUGGGGAUCGAGGAAAACCAAGAACUUGAUGAUAACCUGGAAUUAGCUGUUGUUGAGAGUCAUGAUAUGGGUGUUGAACCUGCACAUGAAUAUGAACUCCAUGAUGGCCAGAUGGUUCUUGCUUCGUCAACUCAUGUGCUUCAGGCUCGAACUAUGUCAACAACACCUGAUUUUGAGUUACAUGUGGGACAAGAAUUCCCUGAUGUCAAAAGCUGCAGAAGGGCCUUACGGGACACAGCCAUUGCUCUUCACUUUGAGAUUCAGACCAUAAAAUCUGAUAAAACUCGUUUUACUGCUAAAUGUGCCAGUGAGGAGUGCCCUUGGCGUAUUCAUGCUGCGAAACUUCCUGGUGUACCAACGUUCACUAUCAGAACAAUUCAUGACCACCAUACAUGUGGAGGAAUCGCACAUCUAGGCCAUCAGCAAGCCUCAGUUCAGUGGGUGGCCAACUCUGUGGAGCAACGGCUUAGGGAAAACCCAAAUUGCAAGCCAAAAGAGAUCCUUGAAGAAAUUCACCGGGUUCAUGGAAUCACCCUCUCGUACAAGCAAGCUUGGCGUGGAAAGGAACGAAUUAUGGCUGCUAUGCGCGGUUCCUUUGAAGAAGGUUAUCGCCUUCUUCCUCAGUACUGUGAACAAGUUAAAAGGACGAAUCCAGGGAGUAUAGCAUCAGUUUAUGCAAGCCCUGCUGAUAAUUGCUUUCAGCGGCUUUUUAUAUCAUUCCAGGCUUCUAUUUUUGGUUUUCUGAAUGCUUGUCGCCCUCUUCUUGGGCUUGACCGGACCUUCUUGAAAAGCAAGUACCUUGGUACUUUACUUUUAGCUACUGGUUUUGAUGGUGAUGGCGGUCUUUUUCCUCUAGCAUUUGGUGUUGUUGAUGAGGAGAAUGAUGAUAACUGGAUGUGGUUUCUCUCUGAACUUCAUACCUUGCUAGAGGUCAAUACAGAAAACAUGCCAAGACUUACCAUCUUGUCUGACAGGCAGAAGGGCAUUGUGGAUGGUGUUGAAGCAAAUUUUCCCACUGCCUUCCAUGGUUUUUGCAUGCGUCAUUUGAGUGAAAGCUUUCGUAAGGAGUUCAAUAAUACAAUGCUUGUUAACCUGUUGUGGGAAGCUGCACAUGCUCUUACAAUCAUUGAGUUCGAGGCAAAAAUUCUUGAGAUUGAGGAAAUAUCACAAGAUGCUGCAUACUGGAUUCGGCGGAUUCCUCCACGAUUGUGGGCCACAGCUUAUUUUGAGGGAACAAGGUUUGGGCAUUUGACUGCUAACAUAGUGGAACAAUUGAAUAAUUGGAUUCUAGAGGCCUCUGGACUUCCAAUAAUUCAGAUGAUGGAAUGCAUCAGGAGGCAGCUUAUGACUUGGUUCAAUGAACGACGAGAAACCAGUAUGCAGUGGACGUCAAUCCUGGUGCCUACAGCGGAGAUGCGAGUUGCGGAUGCUCUUGAGCGUGCCCGGACUUACCAGGUUCUUCGUGCUAAUGAAGCUGAGUUUGAGGUGAUCUCUCAUGAGGGUACCAAUAUUGUUGAUAUUCGGAACCGUCGCUGCCUUUGUCAGGGCUGGCAACUCUAUGGUUUGCCCUGUGCACAUGCUGUGGCAGCACUACUUUCUUGCCGGCAAAAUGUCCACCGGUUUACUGAGAGUUGCUUUACUGUUGCGACGUACAGGAAGACAUAUUCCCAAACUAUUCAUCCUGUUCCAGAUAAGUCAUCAUGGAGGGAGAUGACAGACGGAGAUCCAGAUGCUGCCCAAGCUGUUGAGGUUAUUAUAAACCCACCUAAGUCACUCCGGCCUCCUGGCAGGCCAAGGAAGAAGCGGGUUAGAGCAGAAGACCGUGGUAGGGUGAAGCGAGUUGUUCAUUGCAGCCGCUGUAAUCAGACUGGCCACUUCAGGACUACAUGUGCAGCUCCAAUUUGAGUUCUCUCAGCAGACUCUUCACUGGUUGUGGAAGAUGUCAGUGUGCUAUACCUUUUUCCUGUGCAGAAUCUCUCUUAUAUUCUAUGAAGGAUAUUUUCUAGUUAGUUUCUCAGUCCAUAGUGAUAACUUUUUAUCAACUAGUCUAGUAAGCUUAAGCAUGUUUUUGGAUUUGUUUUAAUAACUCAUUGCAACAGAGGAUAGAUUUGGUGAUUAUGACCAUAUGAUAUGAUGAAAGUUGGAUUUCUGAA